AUGGUGGUGACUGUUGCGGUAUCUGGUGGAACUGGCAAAUUGGGGCGGGCGAUCGUCGAGGCUCUGCGCAGUACCACUAAUCAUUCAGUCUUGGUUCUCGCAAGAGGUGCCAAUGACCAGUUGUCGAGCACGCUGGAUGUCCCAAUCCUUCCCGUCGACUAUUCCAGUAUCGAAUCGUUGAGCAAGGUCUUGGAUGAGAACAAUAUUGAUACCGUUAUCUCAACUGUUCCCAUUACCGACGCUUCUGCGAGCGAGUCUCAGCUGAAUCUUAUUGAGGCUGCUAUGAAAGCAUCCAGUACCAAACGUUUUAUUCCCAGUGAAUUCGGCAUUCAGUACACGGAGUCGCACGGAGCGGCAUUUCCCCCAAUUCAGGGGAAAAUUACGGCAGCUCAGAGGUUGAAAACAUCUGGCCUGGAGUAUACCCUAGUUUCAAAUGGCUUUUUCAUGGAUUACUAUGGCCUGCCCAAAGUAAAGAGCUACCUCCAGCCAUUCGUCUUCGCUGUUGACAUGGCAAACAAUGCCGCCGCUAUACCUGGUUCCGGCGAUGUCCCUGUGGUCUUCACUCAUACUUUUGAUGACUGGCCCGAGCGAAGCAUUAUCAUUGGUGACAAGCUGAGCUGGAAUGAAUUAGUUGCUCUCGCUGAGGUUACCAAAGGUGCCAAGUUUGAUAUCAAGCACGAUAGCGAGGAGAAGCUUAAAACAUUACAAGUCACCGAGCUUCCAGCACAUCCUCCCCUGUAUCCUUUCCUUCCCAAGGAACACCUUCAAUUCAUCCUGGCUGUUUUUGGCCAAUGGGCUGCAGCAGGACACUUCGAUCUUCCGGAUACAGACACGCUCAACCAGCGUUUCCCGGAUAUCAAGCCGCUCUCCUUCGGUGAGCUUCUGCAGAAGGUCUGGAAAGCUUAG